AUGCCAAACGUCCAAGCUUCUGUAUUUUCAUCCAGUGGUCGACAAAGAGUCUGCCUCGACGACUGCAACGCUCAACAACGCUCAAAAUCGCCAUCGACUUCGACAACAGAAGAUGCUUUCACAACUACAACUUUAAACAGCGUUCGUCUACCAAUGCCGCCAUCGUCGUCGUCAGGUGUGGCCACUUCCUCAAUUACAGAACUCAACAAAGUCCACCGGUCGCCACCGCCGUUGUCACCCACUGAGGCUACUUCUGAGUUUAAGCAAAUCAACAUCAUACAACAACCAACACAGUCGUCGUCGCCAAUGAAGGCCCACACUGCUCCAUCCGCCAGACCCCUGCCAGGUAUAAAACUUCCCCGUACAAGACGAGAUUGGGAAGAGGCAAACGCAUAUUUCCAUGCUGAGUUAAAUUCAUGGGGAGACGUCGAUGAUAAUGACAAGUUUGCUUAUCAGCUCAACAAUUUAAUUUACAAAUAUUUUGAAAAAUCUCAUGGUACCAUUAAUAAAAGAAUAACAAUAGACCAAAACCGUUCAAUUAACCAACUGAAAAAAGAUUUGGCCAAACUAAAAAAAAUUGUAAAAAACAAUAACAGCCAACAAAUCAAAAAAGAAAUUAUCUCAACAAGUAAACUAAUUAGAACAAAAUUGAGAUACAAAAAGGCUGACCGCAAGAACGAUAUUGCGCAACAACUAAAAAACAAUUUCUGGAAAACGUGCCAAAAUAUUUUUUUGCCAACGAAACAAGUGUCACCACUGUUCGAUGUAGACACUGGAUAUACGUAUUUCAAAUCCUCAGCUAAAAACAGUGGCAACAACACUUUUCAUAAACCAGAUUGGAUACAUUCUCUACAAAUUCCAUCACAAAAUUGCAACAGUGAUCCACCAAGUUACAACGAAAUGGUUUCGGCCAUACAUAAAAUAAACCCCUCUAGAAUGUACUCACUUGCAGUGACGAGCAUUUUAGAUUAA